UGCGUCUGCAGCUUUUCUCUCUACAGUCGUUGUAGUUUGAAUGGCAUCCACCUAGAAAAGGAUGGUGAUGUGUUUACCUGCAGCUAGCCGCUAUUAGAGGGAGGGGAGGGGGAGUGGGGGUGUCUAGUGCUUCUUCUUAUUGGAGGGGGAUCCGCGUCUCGUAGGCAUGCUGCAACGCCAUGACGCGAUUCACAUUAUCCUGCAGCAGCACAACAAAAUGUGAAUCAGCCGGAAAGCCGACGAUGGGACGCGUCUUUUGGGCUGUAAGUGGCGUUUGAAGGGUGUGAAAAAAGAAGGGGGCGGGGCGCCGGGUAUCUCCCAUUCAACAAUACAAUACACGCCCCGGCAUUAAAAAAAAAACGUCGCGUCGGGGUAGGGGAGAUCAGCUCUGGGCAGUGUGUGUCUGCCGUGGACUCGCUCUCUCUCUCUGGGUGCACAGGUCCGUCCUUCCGCAGGAGCCCCACGCACGGAUCAUCCGAUCAUCGCACCACGCAGAUCCACAGCUUGCUCAGCGGGGAGGGGGGAUGCGAUAACUACGGCAUGUUAGCACCACGGCUGUGCUGCCAGAGGAGAUCGAAUGCCUCUAAAAUCUCAAGGCUGUGAGCCUCGUGCAGGGUGGUGAUGAGCAGUCAGGGCAGCAGCAGCAGCAGCAGCAGGGGAAGUGGGCAGCAUGCUGACACUCCUCCCCCUCGUCACGCCCCGGGACCUAAGCUGCAGGUGCAGCGCUCCGUCUCUCGGGACACCAUCACCAUCCACUUCUCUGCCCUGGGGAAAGAGGAGGACGACGAGGAAGAGGAGCUCUACGGCGCGCCUCCUGAGUCCGAGCCCGAUGGCGGAGGGGGUCACAGAGGUCCGGAGGCCAGAGAGGAGGUGCGGUUUGUACCUGCUGGUGGCGAGACAUCCUCCGGAGCCGCCGUACUCCCCGUCUCGUCCACCACGUUACCCUCUCCAGUUAUGACUAUAAUCCCCAGCUCCUCGCAGCCCCACCUGAGCGCCACCCCUCCUGCCAGCUCCUCCUGGCCCUCCUUGGCCGAACGACCCCUGGCCAACCCCCCGUCCACCAGCUCCGGCUCCUCCUCCCCAUGCAAGUCUGCCGCGCUGCCGUCCUCCAAGCCCUUCCUCAGCCUGGUCAGGUCGCUGUCCAAUGAGGUUGAGUCUCGGGAAACCGCUGCUGCCACCGCCACCGCCGCGCCGUCGCAGGCACGCCACCGUCACUUGAUGAAAUCUUUCGUCAAGUCUCUUUCCACGGACACAUCGAAGGCUGAACAUCAGGAGGGGCCUCUUCACCACUACCUUCAUCACUCCCCUCACCAGCAACAGCUGGGGCAGCCAUCCCAGCGGCCCCCGCCCCGCAACAUGCAGCUUUUCAAACAGUUCUCCCAGCCCCGCUUGUGCUCCAGCCCCGUCGCCGUCACGCAGGCGGGCGGAGACUCCAAAACAGCGCCCUCCUCGCCCAUCACGUCCCCAGAUGGCAGGUCUUUCUUCAAGGUCCAAGAGGUGGAGGCCAGGAUCGAAGACACCAAGCGGCGGCUGUCGGAGGUGAUGUCAGACCCGCUGCAGCUUUUCAGUAAGAUCAUGGGGGACGAGCCUGGCGCGGGAGCCGUCGCCGCUCACCGAGCCAAAGCGCUGUCCUCAAGCGCGUCGGAGCUCAGCGGCGGGACGGCGGUAAACGGGCACGCGGAGGGCAACAACAACUAUAGCAUCAAGGAGGAGGAAGGGGCGGAGGAGGACGGAACCCCCACCGGCAAGGGUCCCGACUCUGUUUUUUUCUCCUUUCCGUCACUGGCUCCAGCCACCACCCUCACCCGGGCCCCGUCCUUUACUUUCCCCAAAUCCCCUUCCCUCACUCUGGGCCGCUGCUCGAUGUCGUCCCUGGUGGCCCGACAGGAAGACGAGGACUUCUGUGAACUGUACAGCGAAGACUUUGAGUUAUGUACCGAUACGGAGACGCCAGAUGGGGACCGGCCCGCCUCCCGGCAGCCCCGCGCCGGUAGCACCGGGCUGUGUAGUGAACUAGACACAGAGGAGGAGGAGGAUGAGGAGGAGGACGAGAACGAGGAGGAGUCUGUGCCAGUCACCGGCCUUAUCUUCCUGACACAGUUGGUCUACUGGUACAUAGUUCUUCCGGUGCCUCCGUACGUGUGUGCAGUGGUGCACGGGAUCGUAGGCGGGUUCAUGUUGGCCUUGCUGGUCCUCUGGCUGUCCUCUCCUCGACGCUCCUCAUCAGCGACAAGAAGAGGGAGGCGAAGGAUAAAGCCCUGGAACGUGGCCCAGCUGGAUAUCAAGGAACCAGGAACCUUCAAGGGCUGGAUGAAUGAGAUCCACAGUUACGACCCGGAGAUGUACCACGCCACCCUGACCCACUCCGUGUACGUCCGUCUCGAGGGCUCCGUCCUGCGUCUGUCCAAGCCCAACCGGAACGUCUCCCGCCGCGCCACGCACAACGAGCCUAAACCCGACGUCACUUACGUCAGCCAGAAGAUCUACGACCUGACGGACAGCAAGAUCCACCUGGUGCCCCAAAGCCUGGCUAGGAAGAGAGUUUGGAACAAAAAAUACCCCAUUUACAUCGAGCUGGCUAAGCAGGAGGACUUCAUGUCCAAGACCCAGGUGGAGAAGCCCGAAACUUGCGAGGAGAAAUUACCGGGUCAGUGUGAGAAGCUGGAACGAACGGACAAAUGUGAGAAAGUUGAGGCAUCGGGAUCAGCAGAGGAACCCAAAAGACCCGCCUCCGGAGGGGGCGAUCUGACAAUCUACCUGUUUGGGAGGACGGGUCGGGAAAAGGAGGAGUGGUUCCGCAGAUUUCUUCUGGCGUCCCGAAUGAAGUCGGAGGGGAGAGGUGGAAGCCUGCCUGGCACCUGCAAGAGUGCCUUCUUGCCCUCCAACAGCCGCAGUAGCAGCGUCCCAUCUGGCGGCGGCCUGGAGGCCGAGAGCAGGAGCAGCAGCCGUGGAAGCCUGGAGGAGCUUUCUCAGUUUCGCCACAGAGAGGCCUCCUCCGCGCCCCCCUGCGGCUCCGCCGGAGGGACGAGGCAGAAGAUGCUGUUGGACUAUAAUGUCUACAUGGCAAAAUAUAUCAACCUGCAGGAGACGCAGAGAACCCCGACUGCCACUGACAGCCCCGGUCCAGCGAGUCCCGAGGGCAGCCCCAAAACUACUAAAAAGGUACGCAGGACGUCAGAGGAGCCCGUGGAGCCUGAGGCCUGGGUCAACGCUUUCGUGGGAAGGGUGUUCUGGGACUUCCUGGGAGAGAAAUACUGGGCCAAUCUAGUCUCCAAAAAGAUCCAGAUGAAGCUCAGUAAGAUCAGGCUGCCAUAUGUUAUGAAUGAGCUGACUUUGACAGAGCUAGACAUGGGCUUUUCCAUCCCGAAGAUCCUCCAUGCCUCCAAACCCUCUGUGGACCACCAAGGUUUGUGGUUUGACCUGGAGGUCUCCUACAUGGGCUCCUUCCUCAUGACACUGGAGACCAAGAUGAACCUGGCCCGCCUGGGGAAGGAGGGCGAGGGGCUCGGCGAGCACGGGAAAGAGUGGCCCAGGCCGCGGACAUACUGUCUGGCCGACAGCGAUGAGGAAUCGUCCAGUGCCGGCUCAUCCGAUGAGGAGGACCCCCCAGAGCUCCUCAGUGACAAAGCCAUCCUCCCUGGAGCCGAGGGCUACGUGGGAGGCCACAGGCCCAGCAAGAUCAUGCGCUUCGUGGACAAAAUAGCCAAGUCCAAGUAUUUCCAGAAGGCCACCGAGACGGAGUUCAUCAAGAAGAAGAUGGAGGAGGUGUCCAACACGCCGUUGCUGCUCACCGUGGAGGUGCAAGAGUUGCGAGGGACGCUGGCUGUCAACAUCCCACCCCCCCCCACGGACAGGAUAUGGUAUGGUUUCCGGAGUCCGCCUCACCUGGAGCUGAAAGCACGACCUAAACUCGGCGAGAGGGAGGUCACUUUAGUUCACGUGACUGACUGGAUUGAGAAGAAGCUGGACCAGGAAUUCCAGAAAAUAUUUGUGAUGCCAAACAUGGAUGAUAUAUGGCUACCCAUAAUGCACUCUGCCAUGGACACACGUUCAAAUGCCAACUCGGUUACUGUGACAAAUGAAACUUCGAAGGACCCAGAAGCCGAGGAGCCUGAGCUCGCUGACUGACAUGUGAAGGCCGCUGUUCAAAGUGCACGACGGCAGACGCAUUAUCGCCAUGGUGAUGUGAAAAGACCCCCGUCCCACCUCAGAGACGUGCUGGACCAACGCUCCCAAUAUUUUUACUCCUGUUCCAGCCACGAGUGUCCACGAGCUCGUCAUCAUCCGUGGAAACGAAGGGGAGGAAAACGGGAGGAGAAAUUGUGACUUAUUGAUUGUCAUCCAAUCACACAGCUUUAUUUGUGUGACAUCAAAUGCUAUGAAUCAUUCUCUGACAAAAUACAAUACACGGGGCGUGUCGAGAAUGUUUAACGUGUGUGUGUGUGUGUGUGUGGUGCAUCGACGAACAGAAGAACCAUAAAACCUGUGAUGUACAGCCGCACCAAACAUUUGCAGAGUUUUACGUUUUUCACCGACCUUUCUAAUCUUUUAAGGGAACUAUCCCAAAAGUACUUGCAUCGAUUGACACACGUGCCACAGGGGUAUCAACUCAUCGGUCGCCCGUACACACGCCGCCGCCUGUGCCAGUCGCCGGCACCUUUAUGCAGACAGAUCGAUGGCGCCGUGCCCACUGGGGACACUCGUUUGAGUUUGAGCACAGCGUGAGGACGACGCGGUGACACGCAGCCGGCGGGGGCUUCAGACCGCGUGGUCGGGAUCGGAGCAACAUCUGACUUUGGAGGAGCUAUCGCAUAUGUGCAAACACAGCGGCGGAACAUUGCCUCGGUCUGGUGAAUGUAUCAAUAGGAAAGCAGCUCCCCGGCUGCGCAACCGAUUGCUCAUUCACUGACAACGUGCUUCUACGCAAAAUGCUUCUUUUCAUUACAUCAAUACAUUUAGCAAAAGUCAUUUUCUGUUGUUGUUUUUUAUUUAUUGCCAAAGCAGUGCUGUCUGAAGGCUGCUGUAAAAAGAAAACGUAAACGGUGAUAAAUAAGUACGUGGUUGAUUAUCACUCGGGUGAUGUGCAGCCGGAGAUUGGGCUGAAACCCCUUUGAGAAUACGGUACUGUUCUCCAUUCUCAACAUGCUGGAUAUUAGCCAUAUUAUUUAAUGUUCUCAUCAGACAUCCAGCCAAUGAUAGCUUCUUCUUGUUGAGUUACUUGAUUUGUUUUCUUUCUGUACUGUAGACUUUCAAGAAUAACAUCGAACUAGGACCGCAACUUUGUAACCUGACCGGCUGCUUUACUCUUUAUUUUAAGCUCGAAUGUGUUUUUGCAAAAUGUAUGAGGCAGAAAGUGCCUUUUAAAUAAACAUUCCUCCGUAGUGAACCACCACAUUUGUUGCAUCAGUUGGGGUUAGAAAGUGUGUUGUCUGUCAAGACAUGCCCUCCAUUAUACAAGUUUCAGUGUUGUUCAUUUGCAGUGUGAUGAAAAAAAAACACUGUAGUGUUCAGUGAUGUCACAGAACAUUACGAUUCUGAUUGUUGUGGAUCAAUAAAAACCUUUUGCUUGGA